GGUUUGGGUCUCUGGUUGUCAAAUUCCUACGAAAAAGGAGUAGGAAAGCAGUUUUCUAAAUAAAAAUAACCUGAAUCAUCAUAGAUAUUUUUUUUAACUGAAUUUAAUACUGUACGGAAUUAUAAACAGAUCCAAGCGCGCGAUAAUAUUUCACUUUUCAUCCUCCUAUUAUAGUCUACACCGUCAGUGAUUUUAAUAAAUUGAGAUAUAAUGUCUGAGUCUACUGUAGCUACUGGGGGCUCCACGGUCAAUGUGGAGGAGCAGCGUUCGCUCGGCACUGCUGCCGGCUCUGUUGGCGAUGAGAAAGUGUAUGGAGGUUGUGAAGGUCCUGAUGCGAUGUACGUAAAGCUGGUAUCCUCGGAUGGACAUGAGUUCAUAGUUAAGAGAGAGCAUGCGCUCACCUCAGGGACGAUCAAAGCAAUGCUCAGUGGACCCGGACAGUUUGCGGAAAAUGAAGCUAAUGAAGUUAAUUUUAGAGAAAUACCGUCGCAUGUGCUACAGAAGGUGUGCAUGUACUUCACAUACAAAGUGCGGUACACAAACUCUUCUACUGAGAUCCCGGAAUUUCCCAUUGCUCCGGAAAUAGCUCUGGAACUCCUUAUGGCUGCCAACUUCCUCGACUGCUGAAUUUCAACAUUUUGGACAGUUUUCUUUUUUUUUUAUCGCGUCAUUUUUAAAAGCAAAAUAACUUUUAAUAUGCAAUAU